UAUUGAUCUAAAUCAAGGAAAUGCUCGCUGUUGGCUAAUUUGAGGGGCUGGGUCUCAUAAUGGGUGAGGCUUUACCUGCUUGACCCAAACUUGACCCAACUUGACCCAACUUUGACACCUGUAAACGCCAACCUUACAUUGCGGCAUCUCACCGACACGCUACUGCGUAGCGGAAUAUCCGCGAGGCGUCAAUGGAGAUAUGAUAUCGACCGGUGAGGGAACGACGCUAAUAACACUUGGUGGAUCCGGCAUUUCCAUUUAGUCUCCCCGAAUCCGGAUGACAGCUUGAACCAUCCAUCGCUUAUUAGAGCUUCGAUGGCCCGAUGCCAAGUUUCCCGGAAGUUUGUGUCGACAUAGCCGGAUAUGGACAUUUCUUUGGGGCUUAAAAGUCAAAAUGAUGUCCUCUUGAGUGUUUCAGUUGAAAACGGAGAGGUAUGGGGUGAGCUGAGACUUGGUCUCAACUUAAACUCCCGUCGACCCGGUUAAUCAGAACGCGUGCGGGAUGUGAAUAUAUAAAAGGUCGAUGAUAUGAUUGUGAGGUCACAUGUCGUGCACUUGAGGUUUGCGAUCUCGAGCGAUUAGUUCUCAUGAGAUCAUUGAUUCUGAAAUUUCUGAAAGACAAACUCAUACCUAUCGGCCAAGAAACACUCAAUUUAAUUAGGAUGGCUCGCUGAAGAUUUCUGCAGGACCCCAGGAGGUCGGCUGGUGAUUCAGUUGUAUGCUGUUGGUUGUGAAUUUGUUUCUCAGUGGGUGUGUAUGAUCCUGUUCUGCCUAAAACACCCCCCUAUUUUUACAGAUGCGUGCGGAUUCAUGGCACGGAAACUUGGACCAACACCAUCAUCUUGCGUGUGAAGCCUUGACCUUACCUCUCUCAUCAGUUUUAGUCGUCAUGCAGGAUUUAAUAAUGACUGUUCACCAAUGAAUUCCUAUUGACAGAUUCCCUCGAAGCAGCCUCGCCGUAGCGGUGAGUCUGAGAGGGCGAACCCCUUCCAGCCGAUCCGAUCAGCCAAGAAAGGCGUCACUCACUCAAGGCACUGUUCCCCCUUUGCUUCUGAGGUGCCUUGCUUGCCCAAGUCAGCCGUAAAACUCAAAUUUCAGUCAUUAUCUGUUUGUUCCCUCCGCCAUCUUCUCUCUUCUCUCACUUGCUUUCUUCUUCCCAUUUUUUGUCGACUCCAUCCCUCGUCAUCUUCAUCUCCCGCGAGCUUUUACCUCCGAGACACGCGCAUCUCCCUUGAUCAUCCAAGAUGACAACACCAUGUUUCAGUCCGCUUAGGUGCACAUUAGUCUAUUAGACUAGUGCAGCCAGUUUACCCUAUCUUCAGCAGCACCAUGUUGUCCCCCUUACUGAUGCGUCCACGCGAGUGUCAACCGACUCGCCUCGCCCCGUCCCGCGGCUCCCUAUUAACUAGAUGGAGAUUAUGAUGCCGGGAUGUAGAGGAAACUCCGUCAUCCCUUUACCGUUGUAUAAAAUGGAUAGAAUUUUCCCUGCAUCUUGUUGCUGUCUUUACUCAAACAAGAUUCAACAACGAUCCCGGGCGAGCCUUCAGUACGCCGGUUUCCUGAGCUUUGCGACACAGCAUUCUUCGGUUCUUUGACUGGAGCAUGAAGCUCUGAAUACGUCUCAUAAUGGCAGAUACUAUACAAUCAGAAUGUGCUAGCUACGAAGAACAUUACUCGAUCCGAUCGCAGGACGAUUUGAUCUGGUCCCUAGAGAGACAACCUUCAGUCCAGUUACAUGCCUAUCUCCGACAACCAUCCAGGGACGACCCUUUUUCAGCAUGGUCGACCACGCCCGUUGAUCCUUCCUCGAACCUUACCUUUCGGCACAUCGAAGCACUGUGGCUUCUUCGUAUCACUUCAUGCGUUGCAUAUAUCCGUCACCGAAUCCUCGCCCUGUUGUUCCAGUCACACGUUCUUGUUGAGCCUGCAGCCCAGACGCACCAACGUCAGUCACCACAAGCUCACACCGUGGACACUCAGCUUGAUACGUAUGGCAUAGGAGUGCAGUUCGAAGAGCCCUGAAUUCAUAGACGGCCACUGCAAUAGCUGUCGUGCCAUCGACAUGAUGAAGGGCGUUGACUCAAUGAUAGCUGGGUAUUUUCAAUGAUCUACGAAAGAUGCCCCAACAAAAGAUUGGUCAACCAUUUCUAUAAGUGGACUUGUUGCCGUCAUGCCAAAAAAACCCUCGUCUCAAACUGUUACAAUAACCCAGCAAGAGCCCUUUCUUUCACCAUCUCUGCUGAUUUUACUUCUUCUUAUUCUUCCCCUAAAUCCUCUCUGUGCUGCAGUUGCCUUUCAGCGGCUAUACUGUCGUACCAAUCCCUUGAAUAAUUUAUUGCAUUUGACAAAAUAGUCUCAUCUCACAGAUGUCGCUGCUCUAUUGAGAUAUUUCGACCUUGGUCCCCUCAUUAUCUGUUCUUCAGAUGAAAAGUGUCUGAUUCAUUUACGAAUGAGCAAGACUCGAUCUCUGUGUAUUCUACAAGUAGAUCGAGGUUUCGCACAUAUACUACAGUGAAUAUUUAUUGUAUGAUAUGUUUAUAAUCUAACACCAAGCUCAUGCUUGAAUCUUAUCAUGAUAAACUCACUCAGAGCUAGGAACGCCAAAACAGACCCUCC